AUGGUAACGAUUGUUGACGAUUUAGAUUCUUUAACUUUGCAAGAACCAAUUUUCAAGGAUGUCAAAUACUAUGUCUCCGGCGAUGUCUCGCAAAGGAUUAUGUUGUUACUCCAAGCAGGAGGUGCGGAAAGUACGAAAUAUUUUUCUGACUAUGUCACACAUCUAAUCUGCGGUCAAGAUGCUGAAGACACAGACAUCGAUGAAGCCCAGGAUAUUUACCAGAUUCCUGCUGUGACUGAGCACUGGGUGCUAGCGUGUUGUCGUCUGAAGAAAUUGGCCAACCCCAAGCCUUAUAGCCCUAAUAAGAAUAAGAUAUUUACCAACAUUGUAUGUUGUAUAUCUAAAGUUAGUGCCGCCGACGCGAAAACCCUGUUCUCGCUUAUCACAUAUCAUGGUGGCAAAGUUAGUUUGAACUUGAACUCUCAGUGUACUCAUGUGAUCUGUGGUUCAGCUAAUGGCAAGAGGUACAAUACUGCUCUAACACUUCCCCCAUCAAAGGUAAAGGUAGUGACACCUGACUGGGUAUUGGAAAGUAUAAGGGCGAGAAUACAAGUUGUUGCAGAAAUAUUUCACCCAAAGUUGUUAGUAGUGCCACAACCGCCUCCGAAAGUUAUGGACCGUAUAAGUGCUAUCACAGGGUUUGAUUUUGAAGAAAGUAUUGCUAAAAACGAAGUGCCCACUCAAAACAUGACUGAGAACAAAGAUGAUAGUACACAAGCUUUAUUGGAUAAAUUAAAGCAAAGGAUGCCAUGGAAUCAUCCUCCAAGUAAUUCCAACGCUUCAGUAGUAUCAACAACACCAAUAAGUUCUAUGGGAUAUACAUCCUCUUCAAUACCAACAUCCAGUAUAAUGAGCAAAUCUAUACCACAAGGGAUUGUUACUCAGAAUGUGCAAUUACAAGGUAAUCAGGGUAAUUCUUCACUCUUGCAAAAGUUUGGCCAGCAAAGUACAAUAGUGUCACAGGCAAAUAUGCAAGGACUGCAGAAUCAACAGCUUACAAUGCAGCAACUUCAGCAGCAACAACAACAACAACAGCAGCAGCAACAACAACAACAACAGCAGCAACAACAACAACAACAACAGCAGCAGCAGCAGAAUUACAAUCAAAGUCAACAACAGCCACAUGGACUGACAGCAAUACAAUUACAACAACAAAAGAUGUUGCAGCAGCAUCAACUAAAAAUGCAAAUGUUGCAACAAAAUAAGCUGGGUAACCAACAGAAUCAAUCUGGAUUUCAGCCCAAUGUUUCUGUAUCUCAAAUGUCUCAGAUGCCCGGCCAAUUACAACAACAAAUUCAGAGUAAUCAGCAUCAUAUCCAACAAAAUAUUAAUCAACCCCCAACAUCUAUGAGUUCAGCACAACAACACAUUGAAAACAUUAGUCAAAUGCUGAGUCAAAGCGCUAACAAUUUGCAACAACAACAAAACAUGGCUAUGAAGCAGAGCUUGAGUUUUAGUCAACAAAGUGCAUCUCAGGCUGUUCAGAAUAUUGCCCAACAGCUAGCGCAGUCUACUCAAAACCUGCAAAAUGCUAAAUUGAGUCAGAACUUAAGUCAAGCUCAAGUAAUUAAUCAACAGUUGAUCACAACAGGACAACAGCUGCCUUCACAAAACCAAAAUCUUAUACAACAACAAACAGUGCAGUCACUAAACAAUCAACAACAAAAUAUUAAUAUGGGUGUAGUUACUCAAGGUCUGGUCUCAUCAUCUCAAGGUCAAUCUGGUCAAGGAGUACAACUAAACCAGCUCGUAGGCAAUACAAACCAACAGACUGUGUUGGGUCAGCAAAUACAAUCAGUACAACAGACUAUUCAAACUCAGCAGAACUCCAAUGUUCAGGGGACAUGGAGGCAAAACAUCCAAAUGGUACAAGGACAGCAUCAACUUAUAAGGAAUCCUUUAGUACAAUCUAGGGCUCCUCAAAGCCAAGUUAUAUUGCAGCAGCAAAUUAUGCAAACGCAACAAGCUUUGAUUAACAACCAACAACCGCAGUUAAGUCCUCAGCAUACAAUUCAGCAAGGUUCUCAACAGAUACUUCAACAACCUAUUGGUCAGCAAGGGCAAUCCAUCAACCAGACCCAUCAUCAAAUAUUAUUUCAAAAACAACAGUUGCUUAGUAAUUCUGGCCAGCAACAAAUAGUUCAAGCAUCCCAGCAAGUGCUAAUAAACCAACAUACUGGGCAACAGCAGAUAUUGGUGCAUGGCAAUCAACAAGUAACUUUGCAAGGUGGACAACAAAUUGUUUCUCAAAACCAGAUUGUUCACCAAGGCGGUCAGAUAGUGAACCAGGGUGGCCAGCAAAUUAUCACACAGGGUUCCCAACAAGUUUUAUCACAAGGUGGUCAGCAUAUGAUUACUCAGCAAGGACAGCAACACCAGGUGGUAAUAGCACAAUCUCCACAGCAAAUUGUGACACAAUCUGGACAGCAGAUAUUGGGUCAAACUGUUGGACAAACCCAGCAGGUACUAACACAAAUGCCACAGUCACCACAAGCUGGAGGUCAGUUGGCAGCUGGGGGUAGUAUCCAGCAGAUCAUCACUCAUGGAGGUACUCAACAGAUCGUAUCACCUGGAGGACAAAAUGUCUCAUGGCAGCAACAGCAAUAUUUACAGAGACAGCAAAUUGCGCAGCCUGGGACUGUGGGACCUAGGGUGACAUGGUCGGGUGGAGGUCGUCAGCUAAUCCACUUAGAUGCGCAGACACAUGCUCAGUUGCAACAGAUGAAACCUCAGGAGCGCGCAGUCUUCGUAGCACAGUUGCAGAAACGACGACAGCUUUCAAUACAGCGGGCGGCUGCCAUCGCACAACAGCAUACGGGAGGCUCACCGGGUGCUCAAGCACCGGCAGGCGCUCAAGGUGUAACGUUCAUCCGUAGCCCUCUUACACCAGGACUAGCUCAACAACAGCAGGUACAAUGGCUGCAACAACAGGGUGCAAGAGCAGCGACAAUUCCAGCUGCUACACCCGCAGCGCCUCCACAAUCGCCAGUAGGCGUUCCCGGUGUUGCAAGUCCAGUCGGUGCUUCACCCGGCGGUGGAGGAGGAGUGGAAACUCAAAUACAGCAAUUACAGCUGCAAAGGCAACAACAUUACCAGCGCUUACAGCAGCUGCAGGCGCAGAGAGACCAGGUGGUUCAUCAUCAUAAACAAGUGGUAUCGCCAGGGGUUACACAACAUGUAGUAGGUGGGACGCCGCUCGCGGAACAAACGGUAGAAGGCGCUCUACUCACCCCCACUACACCUGAUCAACAACAAAUAGAGAACACCUGUGUUGCAGGCAACGCGUUGCUGGUGAAUCCGAAGACCAAAACGGCUCUGGCGAACAUGUUGAGCAUCCGUCUGCAGGGUGGGAACGGUGGGGCGGAGCACGAGCCGUCGGCGUCGGGCACGCUGCGGCUGAUGACGGCGGCGCACGCGCGGCCGGCGCCGCCCGCGGGCGCGCCGCGCCUGCUGCUGCAGCACCACCACCACAAGGUGUACGCGCCGCCCGCGCGCCCGCCGCCUGCGCGCGCGCAGUUCUACGGACACAACCCCAACCUCAAGCUGCCUCCUGAUCUCUUCCUGCUCGGGUGUGUCUUCCAUAUUGUGGAGUACCAUCAGUCGUGGGGAUCAGAACGCGUGUCUCGUUGGGGGGAAGCUAUACAACGUCGCGGUGGUGAGCUGGAACCCGUGUACUGCGCCAGGGUCACUCACGUGCUGUGUGAGACGCAGAAACAUGGGGUUGUCAUGCAGGCUCUGCGAGAUGCAAAACGCUGUGUAACGGCGUACUGGCUGUCCGACGCUAUGCUGAGACGUGGCGUGGCGCCGCCCUGGCACGCGCUGCACCUGCCGAGCAUGUACGCGCCCCGGGACCGACCCGCCAGGCACCACCGCGCCGCCAUCUCUGGCUGGAGAGACGAAGAGAGAGAUAGAGUCACCUUCUGUAUUGAACAUAUUGGCGCUAAGCUGACGCCUUACAUGACCCGAGACAACACAGUGUUAAUCUGCAAACGUGCGGAGGGCAACAAGUACCGGCGAGCGCGCGAGUGGGGCAUCCCCGUGGUUACGGCCGCCUGGCUCACUGACCUGCUACUGGGGAACAUGAGCGCACUCUCACAGAUCGAGAAUGUCAAAUAUCAACAGUUCAAUCUGACAAGUCCGUUUCGAAUGGAUUACAGUCUGGUUUCACAUCUAAUGAACGCGUGGAAGAUGCCGAUCAACAUAACGCAGGAGUCGCACGAGCGCGCCAAGCGCAGCGCGGCGGCGGCGCUGGGCGGGCGGCGCGCCAAGCGGCCGCGCCUCGCCUCGCCCCCGCCCGCCCCCGCGCCCGCGCCCCCGCCCCCCGCGCCGCCGCCCCUGCACCUGGCGCCGCGCGUGCUGUUCUCCGCGCUGCCGCAGAAGCACACCAACAAGCUGGCCGCCGUAGUCAGGCAACUCGGCGGAUUAGUAGUUACCAACCCCGCAGAGGCAACACAUCUCGUCAUGGAGAAACUAGUCAGGACAUGCAAAUUGGUCAGCUGCUUGGUCACGGUCAAACACCUUCUUACACCAGAAUGGGUACAUGAAAGCCAACGUCUCAAUAAAUUCGCCGAUGAAGCCAAGUACGGCCUGAGAGACGAAAACUUCAACAAAAUGUUUAAAUGUGAUAUUGCUGAAGUAUUACUAAGCGGGGAACAGAGAAAAAGACUGUUGGAAGGUGUCACGUUCUUCUUGACACCAUGCGUAAAGCCUUCAAGAGGUGCCUUGACAGAAAUGAUAGAGUUAUGUGGAGGGAAAGUGGAGAAGAACCGACGUUCGUAUGUUUCUAUACAAGAAAUGCACAACCAAAAGCCAUAUAGCUAUUUAGUGCUGACCGUGCCAAACGAUUUGCACCUGGUUUAUUACUUAUUACAAUCUGAGAAAACGUUAAACGUGGUCUGUAGUACUGAAGUGGUUCUAUCAGCUAUCAUGAGACAGAAGCUCGAGGUAGAGGAGUUUCUUGUCAAAAUAGACUAG